UUAUAAGCUCUUCUCAUCUUUUGAAAAUCUCCAUGCUCAAGCUAGGGUUUUUGUCGCUCCGGCCAGCAGUUAGAGGAGGCGCGAAAGGCCCAACCAUCACACAUUUUUCUUCCUCGAUCCCUUCUUGUGCGGGUCAUCUUCGUGUGCCCAUAGUCGACGCUAAUGGCCCUUGCAAAUCUAUUCGUUUGCCUCCUAUUCGCUCUCUCGGCGUCCCUAUCCACCGCGAACUCCAUCCAUGGUUGUGGGGGAUUCGUCGAGGUAAGCUCAGUUCUGAUCAAGUCAAGGAAACCCUCCGAUCGGAAACUGGACUACUCGCAUGUCACCGUUGAGCUUCAAACAAUUGACGGGCUGGUGAAGGAUAAGACAUCAUGUACCCCCAAUGGUUACUAUUUUAUUCCAGUUUAUGACAAGGGUUCUUUUAUUGUUAAAGUCAAGGGUCCUGAAGGAUGGUCAUGGGAGCCUGAUAAAGUUCCUGUGAUUGUAGAUAAAAGUGGCUGUAAUUCAAAUGCAGAUAUCAAUUUCCAAUUAACUGGGUUUAUGGUAUCAGGUAGAGUUUCAGGUUCUGUUGGUGGAGGCAGCUGUCCCAGUAAAGCUGGAGGACCUUCAAAUGUGAAGGUUGAGCUUGUGUCUAUGCCAGACGAUGCCAUUGUAUCUUCUUUCACAUCAGAAACUGGGGACUACUCAUUUACGAACAUCAUCCCUGGAUUUUACAAAUUAAGAGCUUCACAUCCUAAUUUGGGAGUUGAACUUAGAGGAUCAUCUGAGAUCAAUCUGGGCUUUGAAAAUGCAGUGGUGGAUGAUAUCUUCUUUGUAUCUGGUUAUGAUCUUCAUGGUUUUGUAGUUUCCCAGGGGAAUCCUAUUUUAGGAGUUCAUAUAUAUUUGUAUUCAGGUGAUGUGUUAGAAGUGCAUUGCCCCCAAGGAGUUGGAAAUCCUCCCAGUGAGAACAAGGCACUUUGUCAUUCCAUAUCAAAUGCUGAUGGAAAGUUUACUUUUAAAUCAUUACCAUGUGGUGUUUAUGAUCUUCUCCCUUACUACAAGGGGGAGAAUACUGUUUUUGAUGUUUCACCACCUUCCAUGACUGUAACUGUGGAACAUCAUCAUGUUACAGUUUCCCAAAAAUUCCAGGUCACUGGAUUUUCUGUUGGGGGUCGUGUUGUUGAUGGGAAUGGUGGAGUCGGUGGAGCAACAAUUAUUGUAGACGGGCAGCAAAAAGCCACCUCAGAUAGUGAAGGAUUCUAUAAACUUGAUCAAGUUACUUCUAAGCAUUAUACAAUUGUGGCUGAAAAAGACCACUACAAGUUCAGUGCUUUGGAAAACUUUUUGGUUCUUCCAAACAUGGCUUUUAUUAAUGAUAUUAAAGCGAUCUACUAUGAUGUUUGUGGUUUUGUUCGAGUGAUUAGCCCAAAUUCUAUUGCUAAGGUGGCAUUAACACGUGGACCUGACCAUGUCGAGCCUCAGACAAAACUGACAAAGGAGAACGGAAGCUUCUGCUUUUUGGUCCCUCCUGGUGAAUAUCAGCUAUCUGCAUUGGCAGUAAAUUCUGAUAAUUCCUCAAGCCCUCUAUUUUCUCCAGCAUAUAUUGAUAUCAAGGUCAACACUCCAUUGCUUGAUGUUGAGUUUUUUGAGGCUCAGGUUAACAUUUAUGGAACUGUACUUUGCAAGGAGAAAUGCAGCAAAUCUGUUUCUUUGUCACUUGUGAGAUUAGUUGGUGAAACCGAGCAGGAAAGGAAGGUGAUUUCCUUGAGCAACGAGGGCGGUGACUUCAUUUUUCGAAACAUCUUUCCUGGGAAAUAUCGCAUCAUGGUCAAGCACGUUUCUACAACCACAACUGAUGAGGAUAGUUGGUGCUGGGAGCGGAACAAUAUUGACUUGGAUGUUGGCACACAGGAUGUUAAAGGAGUUGUUUUUGUUCAGAAAGGUUACUGGGUUAGUAUAGUUUCUACUCAUGAUACAGAAACACAGAUCGAACAACAUGAUUCAUCCCGCAUGGAUUUGAUGAUUAAGAAAGGUUAUCAAAAAAUUUGUGUGCAAAGUCCUGCGGAGCAUGAGCUUCACUUUCUUAAUACCUGUGUUUUCUUUGGGGCUCCAUCUCUGAAAUUUAAUGCAAUGAACUUGAAGCCUAUUUAUGUUACUGGAAAUAAAUACCAUCUUAAAGGAGAAAUUCACAUCGACUCAAACUUACUGCAAGUUAUUGAAGAUCCAUCGGAACACAUUUUUGUUGACAUUUUUAAUAAAGAUGAUGCUCUUCUUGAUACUGUUCAUGCUAGGCCUGUUUUGGCUGAGGGAAACAUUAGAGGCACGCUUGUUUCUGAGUACUCGAGCUGGUCAAAUCUUGGCCAAGAAAUUGUCUUUGUUCCUCGAUACUCAAGUGAUAUUCAAGGGAAGACGAUCCUAUUUUAUCCAAGAAAGCGCCAUGUAUCAGUUAUAAGUGAUGGUUGCCAAGCUACAAUUCCCAUAAUUGUUGGUCGAUUGGGGAUGUAUGUUGAAGGAUCAGUCUCUCCACCACUUGAUGGUGUUAACAUAAGAAUAAUAGCUGCUGGUGACAGCAUCCAUUCUCCUUUGCGUACUGGUGAUUUGGCUUUGGUUACAGAGACGGGUGCUGAUGGAUCUUUUUCUGCCGGGCCUUUGUUUGACGAUAUACUUUACAAUGUUGAAGCUUCCAAGCCUGGUUACCAUGUUAAACAAGUAGGGCCCAAUUCAUUUACUUGUCAGAAACUUGGUAAAAUAGUAGUGAAUGUUAAUGAUGGUGCAGGGACCGUUAGUUUAUUCCCUUCUGUUCUAUUGUCUUUGAGUGGUGAAGAUGGAUACAGGAACAACUCAGUUAGUGGUGCUGGAGGAACUUUCACCUUUGAUAAUUUAUUUCCUGGAAGUUUCUAUCUUCGUCCUUUGCUUAAGUGUCUUGGGCACUGUAACAUUAAUCUCUGGCCAGCCAAAGGAAAGCGUAUAUGUGGAGGCACGUUCGGAGUCUAAUGAUUUUUAUGAGGAAGCAACAACGGAUGUUACUGGAAGUUUCCGUCUUAGGGGGCUUCUCCCAGGCAAAACUUAUACAAUAAAAUUAGCAACAAAGGAAGAACCAGGAUUGGGAAGCUCAAGGAUUGAGCGGUCUUCUCCGGACCAUCUUUCUGUUAAGGUUGGUACUGAAGAUAUAGUAGGAGUUGACUUUGUUGUUUUUGAGCAACCUGAGAUGACCAUUUUGAGCGGUCACGUGGAAGGAUACAAUCUUGAAACAUUACAGCCCCAUCUCUUAAUAGAAAUAAGGUCAGCAAGUGACCCGUCUGAGAUUGAGUCAGUCAUUCCUCUGCCAAUCUCUAAUUACUUCCAGAUACGAGAUUUGGCGAAGGGCCGACACCUUGUGCAGCUUCGACCAGGCCUUGGAUGGAAGAGGGGCAGAUUUGAAUCUGAGAUUCUUGAAGUUGACUUGGUAAAACAACCCCAAGUUCACGUGGGUCCUCUCAAAUAUAAUGUUGUAGAGCAUCAUUAUAAACAGGAACUCACACCAGCUCCCGUUUUUCCACUUAUUGCUGGAGUAUUUGCUAUCAUUAUAUUCAUCAGCUUGCCAAGGUUGAAGGAUUUAUACCUCAUAGCGACUGAGAAAACUCAGUUAGGAUUGUCUUCAGUUACCCGGAAAAAGGAAAUACGUAAACCAGUUUUGAGGAAGCGAGCUAAUUAAAAGCCCACGAGAUUAUUCAAAAGGGUCUUGUUGUGGAGGUUUUUCUAGAAUUUAAGUUUUUUCUUAUGUUAAUUUCAUAAUCUUCCCAGAUUAUUAUCCAAUCAUGUUUUGAUGCUGUUCUGAAACUCGAAAUGACAAUUUUUUAUGCUUUCCAGUUCUGCUUUAUGUGGUCAAAACAUUAGCUGAGUUCUGAUUACACUGGCUUUGCUUUCAAGUUUUUAAAAAGCAAAAUGUUUGCCUUUUUUUUACUGUAAAAAUGAUAAAAAAUUGAAUUCUACCUACUUGUGAUGUUGUAGAUCAGUA